GAGCUUUCCCCGGGUGUCUAUGCUGCCCGCGCCAGCGCGGAUGUGUUUCUUGGCGACUACGAACAGGUAGAAGCACGCAUGCAGCAGAUGGAAGCUGAUGGCUUGGAGAUAGACGAGGAUGCUUUGACCAUGCUCCUCCUGGCUUACGCCUAUGCCGAGCCACGGCAGACCCUGCUCGCCGAGCAGAU